AUGAGCACGUCUAUUUCACUCACCGCUCCCCCUUCUUCCUCCUCUAUCAGCCGGAGGUCCGCCGCUGGGCUCAACUCGCUUGCUCUCCGCCCGGCAGGACAACUGUGUUUCAGAGAUGCUCUGUCCCCGUCACUCGCCGUGGAUUCUUCCUCGGGCUGUCGCCCGAGCCCAAUCGUGUGGUCGAUGAAGCGGAGUGAGGUUUUUGGGCUCGGGAUUUUGCGAUUUUGGACCCAGGUCGGGCGGCACGGUGUUGUUCUAGAUGAGAAUAUAAAUGGAUGGUCAUCUCUUAAUCCAACAGGAAGGGAUACAAACUACAAAAGGACUGUAAUAGCUUGCUUCAUACAAGCUAUCUACCUCCUCGAGCUCGACCGGCAGGAGAACCGAACAGACACCGAGCAGGCCCUAUCCCCCAAAUGGUGGGCCCCUUUCGAAUACAAGCUCGUCGAGACCCUUAUGGACGAGCCCCUCCACGGAACUCUCCUGAAGGGUCCCACCAUUAGACGAGACAUCGAGGAUGGCCACCGGUUCUUGAUGUGGGAGAGCUUGAAAGGGUCCGUGAGAUUCGAACGCGCGCUAAAAGCGUUGAAAGACAUUUUCGGAAGGUACGGGAGCAAUAACGUGUGUGUGGCCGAGCACUCACUGGAUGCUGGUUUUUCGCUUCAGAUUGGGAAAGAACUGGCUAAGAAAGCUUCGGAAGUGAGAGCCGUGGGGGAGAAGGCCGGGAAGGCAUGGAGGAAGGCGAAGAAGAAGAAGAAGAAGAAGAAGAAGAAGAAGAAGAAGAAGUGGGUCCCGCAUUUGUAUGUGAACAAUAGUGAUUGCAUUUGCUGUUAUUACAGUGACCUGGUGGUCGAGACGAGGGGGAUUGAUGGUAGUGGGGAGGAUAAUGAGAAUGAUGUGAAGGCUGCAGCAGCUGCAGAAGCGAAGCUAAGCUCUUUGUGCUGUCGAGGGGGAUUCUUGGCCUCGAGAGUCGACAGGCAUGAACGUUUGGUGAUUGCUCGAUUUCUACGGGAUCUGAGGUUUGAGAAACUGAGGAAGAUGGUGAAACUGUGA